CCAUUACGACGCGGACUUUCGCGGCAGGUGCACCAACCCAAGUGCUACUCUACUCACCUGUGUGUAUGCUCAACAUCCAAGACCAUGCACUCGUGACUCGUCUAUCAAUCCGUCCUAACUUAUUGCGUUUAUCUAUACAUUUUUUUGGUGUUACUUUGCUCCAAAUUGUGAUCUUUUGACAUUUAGUUUUAGUGCGAGUGAAGUGAAAGAUUAAUUAUCAUUAACACUUUGACAUUUUACAAUUUACCAUCAUACCUGUGAAUAAAAAGUUUCUUUUUGUUUUAUAUCUUUCGAUUUUACCAGAUAAUCAAAUAUAUUCGAGAUUAAGACAAUUGUCACAUUGUCUCACAUACACUCUUAUCUCUCUAUUUAUAAGUAUAUAUGUAUAUAUUUAUAUGUGUAAGUGUGUAUAUGUAUAUACAUAUAUUUAUUUGAAAAAUCUUUUUGUCUUGAUGACGCGGCUUUCGUGCCUUAUCAACAAGUUCGCCUAGAACUGAGUCAAGCUUGGAUUAUCGUUAAAGUUAUCUGUCUCUCAGAACUCACCGCGAGUGUAUAUGUGAAGUCAGUUGUUCGGUUAUGACCUAAAAGAAAAUAGAAUAGAAUUGUGUAGCACACGUGCGUUCCUGAUAACUCAUCGACCUUUCCCAGGUCGAUAGUCUCAAGUCUGCAAGUGAUAUUGUGUAUUUAUUACUCAGGACUUAUUGUAAAGUAACCUGAUAUAUACUUUUAAGUGUUUUCAUUAUUUUUAUCACUAAUUAUUACAUUCAUUUUUCGUGUUGUUGAUCAUCAAUUGACAUCCUGGACAUAUUGACUGCUACUGAUAGACGACCGACGGAGUGGAGAUGUCCGCGGGUCGUUGAGAGAAUGAGGGAAUUGGACACCGAGAGUCCCGUCGUUUGGCCGGCUUGGUGUUAUACUGGUGAAGUGUCAAGUGAAAACAUAUCUACUGGAACAAUACCACGUGGGGGUGAACGAGUAGAAGCAGCUGAUUUAGGAAGACAUACUGAAAGUUUGGACGAGAACAUCCUGGCCGCCAACACAGCGAUUGACGCCAGGGGCAGCAGCCCUCAGGGCGCUCAUUUAUCAGGAGCAGUAACUCCCCGACCCCCACGUGGACGAAGACGACAGAAUCAAAACGGCCUUGAUACCACUCAGGUUAAAACGGAACGACUUACACCUGAUAAUAAUUCAACGUCAUCGAGAAGCGUGACACCCUCUUCGUCAAGUCAUCCAGGCACGCCGCCAAAUGCGGCUGCACUUGGAGGACCUGAAGGGCCACCGGCGCCUCAUCAUCUUAAGCACAUGGAGCAGAUGAUGGGCAGAAAUUACAGCGAUUUUAUGAGAAGUCUUGCUGCUAAAUAUAACCACGCAAAUCCUAACGAUUAUUUUAGUUCCACGAGAAACGGCUAUCCUCCUGGAUUCGAUCCUCGAUUUCCGGCUUUUAAAACUGCUGCAACGCCCUUUGUUGGUCUUAUGGCACCACUUGGUACACCACAGCCAUCAACAGUACCAACGACUUUACCACUCUCAGGCAAAGAGUCUAAAGAACAGAAACAAGAUAGUCUCUUUGGCAAUCCUGUGUUUCCUCCUAUGUUGGAUAUGUCUUCAACACAAGCAUUGUUGCACAUGGUACGAACAGCAAAUGCAGCGCAAAAUGCCGCAGAGCUAGAAACAUAUUUGAAAGGUGCAAAUAAAAGAGACAUUGGAGUAACGAGUCCACUUGAUUUGUCGAGUCCCGGUGGAUUUGCUCCUCGUAAACGACCAAGAACGGAGACGAAGAGAUCAGGAAGUGUGUCACCAAAGCCAAAAGCAACACCACGGCCAAGUACACCACCACCAGUAAGAUGUCCUUCACUUUGUGGCCAUAUGCCCUGUGGCGACGGUCAAGCUGUCAAUCGUUGGACCAUUGAAGACGUUGUUAACUAUGUGUCCUCGAUCGACAUUUGCGCCGAAUAUGCACAGGUAAGAGAUUGAAUUUCUGAUGGAUAAAGAGCACAUUAAAAAGUUAGAUAUACUUGAUAAGAUAGAGAUAGUCUUGAAGAAGUUUAACAAGGGUGAAAAAUGAUGUGCAAAUGAGUGUGAAUUUCACCAUCUUCAAGUGUUUUUUUAUUGAUUAAUUUAAAGAUAAUAACAUAAAGGAGAGUAGAUUCUUAUAAAUGAUUGAAUCUUCAUCCUGCUGGUUGCUAAUGGUAGAGUAUCAACAAAUUGUAAACCUUUGCACGACUGAAAUAAGAAGGAUAUAUCCGGUGGAAUACAUGAUCCUAUCAAUAAUAUUAUAAUUAUUAUCGUGCUUGUGACUCUAAUUUAACGAGCUCUAACAUUUGAUUCGAGAGUGCGAUGGCAAUCGACUUUCAGGCUCCAACUUGUGCACCUUGAAAAGAACACUCACCUCGCUUGAGGCUCAUUUUAUAUCAUAUUCUUUGGACUAUCGUAGUUAAUGGGUUUCUGAUCAAUGACUUUAUAAGAAGAAUCGUGCCACUAAUUGUCUCACUUGAUUGUUUCAUUUAGUCUAUGCCUUAGUUCAAUUUAGACUUGCACUUUGUAGUUCCCGCGGUCGCGUACCAAUUCGACUUCAGGUUAUAACUCGAUGAUGUCAAUUAUUUCCACAAGAAUUUAAAAUGUUUACUUUGAAUAGAGAAAGCAGCAGCAGACAUUCAUCUUAGCUGAUGGAUCAGGAAGUCUGGCUGUUGAUUCAAGACAUGAACCAUACAAGUCUUAGUAUUUUGUAGUCAUCGAUUCAAUCUCUAUAUCGUAAUACUCUUUAGCGCGUGAAUUCUAUUGCAUAAUCAGUUUCACGUAUCUAGAGAGAUACAUAAGAGUAUUUAGCAGGAGAGAUGUGGAGCUGUAGUAGCAGUUCUUGACUCGUCACCCCAUGUGCCUCGAUAAUUAGCCAUAAAUCGAACAAUCAGAUCGAUUGAUGUGCGCGUGGGUCGGCUAAGUCGAGUAUAUCCUUCUUUCCUGUCGAUCCUCUAUCGGAUUUCAAUGUGAUUCACUUCUGACUUGGUCUUACCACGAUUUAAACACAUGUUGUAAUGUUGAGUUUAUUUUCGCUUAUAUCAUCAAUCCAGUAGAGAAAAAAAAUAGCAUUAGUUAAAUAAGAUCAUUUUGAAGAAUCAAAUUUUCAUUUAAAGAAAGAAAAGUAUUUUUUCUUUUAUUUGUUUAAAGAAUAUUAUACAUAAAGUUCUUACAUACUUGGUUGGAUAAUUGCAUUUGCAUUAUACAUACAACUUGCGUGGAUUUAUUUCGUUCGCCAAUUUAUUAUUUACCCAGAGUUAUAACGACACUGACCGCGAUCAAGAGAGUUGGAUCCAACAACUAAUACAAUCCAAGAGAGAGUAUAUGGUAUAUGGUAAUAAGAAGUGGGCCGGAAAGCAUCUUUCUCUCUUCUUCUUCUUCUUCUUUCUCAUUUUAUUUUCUUCUUUCUCAAUUGACUUUGCCUGUUGCGCUUUUAUUGCCCACUCCUCUUAUUCCAACACGAGCAUUUCGCGACCUUAGACGACCUGAGCGUGCACUAAGCUGAACUUUUUUCACUUUAAUCCCUUUUGGUUUCGCCGACUUUCACUCUUG